UCGUUCUGUUCCGUUUCCACCUCCCUUCUCCGCGGACUGCCGCUGCUGCUCGUCAUUUUUUGGUUGCGCAGGUCCGAUAGCAGCAAGGACGAAAGGACGAGAUCACGGCCUGAGGAGUGUGAAAAUGCUGUCGAGCAGCGGGAUUGUGCAGGAGUGAAAAGAACCCGGUCCGCGCAGACGGAGUAAGGUCGGCGUCUGUGCUGCCGGUGCUGAAGGGACUGGUUGGUGAUGAGAACCAAGCGCAUCAAAGGAUAGAGAUCAACACGCCACCGCCGCCGCACUUGGGAGAAGCGUGGAACUCCCAAGUUGAAGAGGACGAAGAAGAGGAAUAGGGUGCAUGCAGCCGUUUGGUUUGAUGAGCAUAUUAAGGACGUCGCCCUUUUGGUGACCAUAUCAAGGCUCUUUGUCUUGGGAACGAGCAGCAGCAGCAGAAGCAGAAGCAGAAGCAGAAGCAGCAGCAGCAGCAGAAGCAGCGGAUGGUUGGCACUAAGGGUGGGCUUGACGGUGCGAGGAGGGGUGUGGAUUCAAAGAUGAAGGAGAAGAAGGAGAAGAAGAUGAAGAAGGAGAAGGAGAAGAAGAUGAAGAUGAAGAAGGAGAUGGUGAACCCAACCACCAUGUCUGACAUCCUCUCCAUGCAGGUGAAGGAAAUGCUCAUGGAGGUUUUUGUGGACUAUGAGAAGACGAAAGUUAUAGAGUCGGUUCUCCAUUCUCUCAAGGACACCCUUGAAAAGAUGCCCGAGGAAACGGUCAGAUUGGAGAGACAGCACCGGGACCUGACGCAACAACAUCAGGAAUUGGCGACGCUCCGCCGCACAGUGCAGAGCCACGAGGAUGCAACUCGGGCACUCAAUGCCCGAUUGUUGGACCWRGAACAGGCUGUACCAGGACCAGCUGCUGGAGCUUYCAGCAGUGCACCCUCAAGCYGCCAACUGGAGGACCGCGUUGACCACGUAGUGGCAAUGCUCGGCGACAUCAGCACCUUCGCUGCGCUGACCACCACCAUCAGCAGUCAGCUGCAUACAUUGAAGACCGAGGUCCAGAAGCUGCAGUCGACGAACGCGGACGACAAUCCGAAGAUGUACAAGAUGCCAAGUUUCAACCUGGAGAGGUUCGACGACUACACGCAGCAGGAUCCCGUUCUCUGGUGGGAAGCAUUCACAACGCAACUCAGGAUUCUGCCAGUAGCCAAGCAUGCGUACAUCGGCGCCCUGCUCAUGAACUCAAAGGGCGGAUGCCAGACCUGGUUGAGCCACCUGGCAACCUCCCACGGCGUCGACGUACCRGACUUGAAGGACGUAAUCACAUGGGAGGAACURACACGGCUGUGGAAGAAGCGGUUCAUCGUCGACGACGCGCCGACACUCGCCAUCAACCGUUUGUUCACCAUGUCACAGGGCAACACAGCAACACGGGACUGGCUAACGGAGUGGCAGAAGAUUGCGGCUGUGCCCAAUCUGAACCUACCAUUCGAGCAUCUACACCGUGAGUUCUACAACAGGUCCUGUGCGGCAUUGAACCAGGCUCUUGGUGAUCGCGAGCAGUACUCAACCUUCGCGGAGAUCAUUGACAAAGCGAGGGAGAUCAUCAAGACCAACAGGUCAGCUGCACACGAGAAAUCAACAUCAUGGCAGCCGACCUAUGUGGAGAAGGUACGAACUGGUCAGCGACAGCAGCACUUCGCUGCAGUCCAGCAGGACAGUGGAAAUAACCCAGCAGCCACUCCACUAUCAAGUGACGGAGAUCAGGUGGCCGCUGUCCAGCCGCGAAACACCAACAAGUCUCGUAACAAUGGGAAGGCGAAACCCGCAUCGCAGGCCGGAAAUGGACAUCCAAGACAGUUUCCAUGGGUCAAGUUUGGCUUGAUCGAGGCGGAGUACAAGAUCCGCGGCCGCUACGGGCUGCAUUACAACAUUGAUUGUUCGGAUCACUGGUAUCUAAGUCUUCCGCGGUGCUAUCUUAUACCUUGUAUUGAAAGGUCGGUUCUUGUUCUGGUCUGCACCUAUACGGUGGAGGCAAACAUAGCAAGUGCCUUUGUGAGGGGUUUGGGACUGCAGGCACCAUCUGGAAAGAUUGGCUUCUGUUUCAAGCCGCCAGAGUGUGUGGAGGUUGUUGGGAGUUUCAUGGUACAAACCAUCGCAAAGCCGGUGCAAAAUGUUGAUUUGUGCAUUCAAAUACCAAAGAGCUGCUUCCUUGAGAAAGAUUUUCUCAAUUACCGGUACCAUGCGAAGCGAGCAAUGUACUUGGCGGCAAUCGAGCGGUACCUACAGAAGGAAGGGAGCUUCAAGAAGAUUGAGUGGGGUCUUUUCCGCGGGGAUGUGUGCAAGCCAUUUCUUCUCUUGACACCAGAUGCGACAACAAAAUUUGUUGUAAGAGUAUUGCCAACUAUCUCGUCAGAGGUGUUUCAGUUCAAGAAGCUUGUGCCAGGUCGGAAUAACGUGUGGUUACGGCAGAGGGGGAUGCAGGACAGCCCAGACACGAUCAAUGGAUUUCUUCUUACGAUGCUUGCUGCUCAUCUUUGCACGGCUGCCGGCAAUAAAAGGAUUGUUCCUCAGAUGUCUUCGAACCAAAUCUUCCGAGCGAUCAUCAAUUUCUUAGCAAGCACUGAUUUGACUGCCAGAGCAAUCUUCAUGGCAGUGGAUGGCUCCAGUUUGGAUGCUGAAACCGCACAGCUGAGGAGUUCCAUCAAGCAGGCAUUUGAGGUUGUGCUCUGUGAUCCAUCUGGAAGGUUGAAUCUUGCGGCAAGAAUGACGAAGAGCGCUAUGAAUGAGCUUAGACAAGAGGCAGCAAUCACGCAGAAGCUGUUGAUGGAGGACAGCGACCAUGUGUUCGAUAGUGUUUUCAUGACACCUGUCGAUUUCCCAUCGAAAUUUGACUACUGGGUCAGGCUGAGAACUUGGUCUCAUCAGAAAGCUUCAGACAACAGCAUGUCCGCCGUUUUGUCAGGAGAUGUUCACCCUAGCUCAAGCGAAGAAACGAGGAUCGAGUCCCUGCUGGCUAAGGCCUUAGGCGAAAGGGCUCGCAUGGUGAGGGUGAAGUCCAGGAUGGCUGGCACCCACUCAUGGUCGUUGAAACAGGGCGUCCUAGACUGUCGAAGGCAACCAAUCUGUGUCGGCAUACUGCUCGGGGAGGGAGAGUCUGCGCUUAAGCAGGUCGACGUUGGACCAAGUGCGGACAACAAGGAGGAGGCAAAGAAGUUUCGGCAGUUUUGGGGCCCCACAACUGAACUACGACGAUUCCAAGAUGGAACAAUCGCGGAAACAGCAGUUUGGGAGUGUUCGGUGACGGAGCGGCAUUUGAUUAUCAAGCGCAUUGUGGAGCACAUCGUUUGUCGCCAUGUUGGUAUUCCUGUUGAGAAUAUAGAGGUGGUUGCAGGCCAGCUGGACUGUGUCCUUUGGGAAAAUGGUGAAGAUAGGGCGUCGAUCAUCUCGACAUUGCUAGGAGCUUUCACCCAGCUCUCCAAACGCCUCAGAGCUCUAGAAGAUCUGCCUCUGGCAAUUGUGAACGUCCAACCACUAAGUGCUGUGUUCAGGCAGUUAGCAGUUUUUCCACCGAAACCUCAUCCACUGGCGCAUGAAGGGCAUCGUCUUCGCGGAACAAUAUCCGAGGAGGGAGUGGACAGGGUUUUACAGCCGCUGGAGGUCUUGCUUCAGCUUGAGGGAUCUGGAAAGUGGCCAGAUGAUGCAGAAGCUGUGAAGAAGACAAAAGCUGCCAUGUGUUUGAAGAUUGCGGAAAGUCUGCAAGAGAAGCACAGCAUCCACGUCGUGGCUUCGGAAGAUGCAAUCGAUGUACUGACGGGUGGGUUUGCGUUUCGGCUAAAGGUUGCCUACGAGAGAGAGGCGUCGUCAGUCAACGCAGGACCAUCGAAAAUACCGCCAAUGCCAGGUCGAGCAAAUGCAAAGCGCACUUUCGUCCCACUGGAAAACAGAACGAAUCCUUUGUCGAUGAGCAUACUGCACGGGAUGCAUGCAGGCAUGCUACAGGGAUUACAAGGGCAGUUCCCAGCCUAUGCGGCUUCUGUCAGACUGGCGAAGAGAUGGGUUGGUUGCCAUAUGUUUUCUGAUGUGCUUUGCGAAGAAGCGGUGGAGCUCCUCGUGGCGUCAGUAUUCUCGCAACCAUUUCCAUUCUCCGUCCCCCGUUCUCGAAUCUCCGGGCUGCUCCGGUUUCUUCAAUUGCUAUCACGGCAUGACUGGUCUCGAGCUCCUCUUAUUGUUGAUGUCAACAAGAGCUUGACGUCAGAGGAACGUAGGAGGAUACAGGUGUUGUUCGAAGCAGGCAGGGAACACGCUAGGCAAAAUGUUGGCCGAGGUGCCCCUGCAAUGUUCAUUGCAACUGCCUAUGAUCAAGAGAGUGCAAUGUGGACUGAAAGCAAACCAUCAGCGGAGGUGUUAAGACGGCUGACAGCUUACGCAAAGAGCUCUGUGGCUCUGCUAGCAAGAUUGAUUAAUGGACAGGAGCAGGAUCCUAACAGGUGGAAGUCGCUCUAUCGGACACCACUCAGCAAUUUCCACGCGCUCAUCUUGUUGAACAAAGAAGCCCUCCCUGUCGCGGACCGGGUGAUGUUCCCUGCACGAGAAGCAGUCCAGGCCCUUCCUCAUCCUCCUCCUCAGAAACGAAGCAAGGGUGAGUACCCUUUCAGAAUCAUUCCGAGGGCACUUGUUCAAAAAUCAGGGAUUGAGGCUGCGCGACAGCAGUUGAUGAUUGGAUUCGAUCCAACGGCCAUUCUGAUGCGAGAGCUCCAGGCCCAAUUUGGAGAACUGGCGACGUUCUGGCGUGAUGCGAUUGGAGGGGAUGCCAUCGGGAUCACAUGGGCGGCAAAAGCUUUCCCUCUCUCCUCAAAGCCUGGAAGUACUACUACAUCUCAAAUCUCUCCGGGACCUUUGAACCGUUCGAAAAAGGAAAAAAGCAAAAAGAAGCGCAAAGCAAUCGGAGCUGAGGACGUCAUUCCGGACGCUACAACCCCUAUCUUCAAAGAGAUGAAGUUGAUUGGCAAAGGACUGAUAGAAAUUGUGGCGAAAGCUCCAUCGGAUUCCAAAAAGCCUUGAAGGGGGAGAAAGGAGGGGGGGGGGCGAGGGGGGGAGGGGRGGGGGGGAACCUGCUAUGACGACGGGACCAGCGACAAAAAAGAAGGAACAAAAGAUGAUGUGAUGAGCACAGGGAACGAGUGACUGAGUAUUCGUUCCACCAAUUUUGACUCGCUCUCUACCUCCUAAGUGCUAGGAAUUGAUGCUUGUCCCUCCCCCACUCUCCUCACUCAGCUUUUGGGAGUAGCUGAAAAUAUCUUGUUUCGCUUCGGAUUCCAUGCAUCUUUUCAGAAAGGCUUUUUUUGUAAAUGAGUAUUCCAGCGGUCGAGUGGCCCUUGUUUUAAGAUGGAAAAAAGAGAAAGAAGAAAAGAUGCUGAUUGAUUGUUGCAUUGCAUGAUGCAAAAUUGAUGCAUGCAAUCAAGCUGUUGGUGUAAUGCUCGGUGCCUUCUAGUGUGGCAAGGGUUCAUUCCAAGGUGGGUGGUUGAAUGCUUAAGAUGGAUGGAUGGGUGGGUGGAUGCUUAAGAGGGGUAGGGUUUUAUUCAUAAUCCAACAUGGCAAAAAGAAUAUAUUUUUUAUUUUUAUUUUUGGGCGGUAUUGCUUUCAUGAUAUUAGGAGCAUUAGCCGCAACAUCCCAGAAUAAAGUCCAAAACAAUUG